AUGUUCACCCUUCGCUCGUUAAUGAUUCUUCAGAAGAACAUCGAUAGCUUCGAAAUGUGUCCCAUUAUAGGUGCCACGGUGAUGGUGGACUACUACGCUGCUCAACCGGCGUUCCACCAACAUCAGACGUCCGGAUACGAUUAUACACAGCAAGAAGAAGAAUGGGAUCGUGAAGGCCUUCUGGAUCCAGCAUGGGAAAAACAGCAGAAAAAGCAAGCAAUUGGGCUCAUCGAGGAGGACUUCAGAAAUGGUCUGAAACUCAUGCUCUUGCUGGAAGUGAUCUCUGGCGAGCCACUUCCUCGUCCGGAUCGUGGAAAGAUGCGCUUCCACAAGAUUGCCAACGUCAACAAAGCUCUGGAGUAUAUCGAGAGCAAAGGCGUCAAACUAGUGUCAAUUGGAGCGGAAGAACUGUCCGCCCGUGACGGACUUCUUCUAUGGUGUCAACGUAAGACGGCACCGUAUAACAAUGUGAAUGUGCAAAACUUCCAUACAUCAUGGAAGGACGGUCUUGCUUUCUGUGCUCUUAUUCACAGGCACAGACCGGAACUGAUCGAUUACUAUCAACUUCACAAGGGCGAUCCAAUUCACAACCUCAACUUGGCCUUCGAUGUGGCUGAAAAACAUCUGGACAUUCCAAGAAUGUUGGAUGCAGAAGACGCCGCCCACAAUCCGGACGAGAAGUCGAUCAUGACGUACGUGUCAUGCUUUUACCAUGCGUUCCGUAACGCACCAGAAGUCCGUUCGAUGCCGCCACCAGUUCGUGCGCAGAUUGUGCCACCGGAACGCGAUUGGCACAUGGUAAACUCACAUCCGGACGAGAAAGCCGUCAUGACGUACGUCUCGUGCUACUAUCACUAUUUCAGCGGAAUGCGGAAGGCAGAAACGGCGGCGAAUAGGAUCUGCCGGGUGCUGAAAGUUAACCAAGAAAACGAAAAGAUGAUGCAAGAGUACGAACAUCUCGCCAGUGACCUGCUUGCUUGGAUAAAUCACUGGAUGCCGUGGUUGGCGAAUCGAAAAACUUUUCUACUUGGAACGACAUUUUGGGGUCGGAAGGCAAGAAAAAAAAAACUCGGGACGGACUAUCGGCAUGAGAAGCCUCCACGAAUUGAGGAUAAGGGCCGGCUGGAGAACGUAUGUUCAACACACUUCAAACUCGUCUUCGGCUUUCGAAUCGACCAGCGUUCCUUCCCAGAGACGGACAUCUUGUCAAGGACAUUAACAAUGCAUGGAAAAAUCUCGAAGAUUCGGAGAAGGGCUUCGAAGAGUGGCUCCUCAGCGAAAUCAUGCGUUUGGAACGACUCGAACAUCUGGCGGAAAAGUUCCGUCGUAAAUGUGCUUUGCAUGAAGAAUGGUCGCAUGGCAAAGAAGAAGCGCUUCGUAGUCAAGACUGGAAGAGCUGUGGAUUGUACAAGAUCAAGGCUCUCCGUAAACGCCACGAAGCUUUCGAGAGCGACCUUGGUGCUCAUCAGGAUCGCGUUGAACAGAAUCGCUCUUAUUGCCAGAGAGCUCAACAAUCUUCGUUAUCCAGAUAUCGGACCAAUCAACGCGCGUUGCCAGAGCAUUUGCUCACAAUGGGAUCGUUUGGGUCAAUUGGCAACUCAAAGAAGAACGGCUCUGGAAGAAGCGGAACGAGUCGCCGAACGUCUCGAUACGCUUUACCUUGAUUUCGCCAAGAGGGCUGCUCCGUUCAACAACUGGCUGGAUGGUGCUCGUGAAGAUCUGGCCGAUUUGGUGAUUGUCCACGAAAUGAGAGAAAUUCAAGAACUCUGCUCUGCUCACGACCAAUUCAAGUCGACCCUGGGAGACGCCGAUAAGGAGUUUGCCAGCAUAUCCGCUAUCGAGCUGGAGAUCGAGCGUCUCGUGGAAGCUCAUGGUCUUGACCGUGAACUACUUCGCAAUCCAUACACGGACUUGGCCGCUGCUGAUAUUCGCCGUAAAUGGGGUGAAGUACAGCAGGCGGUGCCGCGACGAGACGGACAACUUCAGAGCGAGUUGCGAAGGCAGCAAAACAACGAACGUCUUCGUAGCGUUUUCGCCGACAAGGCAAACCAGGUUGGACCAUGGCUCGAGAGGGAACUGGAGCAG